CCUCUUUAUAGUGCCUCUCUGCAUAGAAAGCGUUUUUUCGUUUCAGAGAAGAAAAUUGUAGAACCAAGACAGAGCAGCUCUGCAACUCGAAAAUCUAUCUUUUCUCCCCUGUGAUUUAAUCGAUUCAUCAAACUAAGAAAAGCAAUCUAGGAUUCACAAUGUACUCCUACACCCCAACUUACUAUUCCUCUGUCCACGACACGAUUACUUCUCUCUGCAAAAACAUUCUCCCCUUCUCCAUGAAGAAGAAACGCUUGACGGGUCUCACUGCCGAUCAGAGGCUCGCCAGGCAGCAAUCGGAGAAUCUCAAAUGGCAGCAGGAAUCGUUUCACCGGAUUCUCAACCUGAUUGGUCUCCACAAGGAAGGGAUCAUACCACAAGGCGAGGUCACUGCCUUCCGAACUCAACUCCUUGAAACUCUCAUCGCUUCUCCAGCUGAUCUGGAACACCCCACAAUCAUCAGAGACAAGCUGCUUUUCUUGCAGGAGCUGUUCUACGCCAAAUGCAUUUCUAUGGACGAGUAUCACUCUUCGAAGAGGCCUCUGCUACAGAGACUAGCCGUUCAAGGAGCUGAGAUUGAGGCUAGAGACGUAAUUGUUGCUAGUCAGGCAGAAAAUUCAGAAGAGGAGUGGUCUGUUAUCGAAUUGAAGGACGAGGAGUGCUUGAUGGAUAAAGACAGAUUGCAAUCUACAACCAAGACCAAGUACAGGUCCCCAAUGAAACCGAUCAAAGAAGCUGCUUCCAUGAUUGGUUUCAUUACUCCUCAUAAAUCCGGGAAAAGCAAGGGAAAGAAUCCCAAUGGGAACGGUUCUGGGGCUCUGAAAGAGAACUCAUUUUGGGAUUUCCCUUCAAAAGAGAAGGGAAGUGAAGCCAGAUCCGUUCUUAUGCCAGAGAGUUCGUCACGUUUACCCAUUAAGGUUGAGAAGGAAAGAGAAAGCACUGAGAAGGUGAAGAAGAAAACGUUUCGUACUCUGUUUCAGAGAGACGAAAAUGUGGACGAUUUGGAGCCAGAUCCGGAUGAGAGAGCAUCAAAAUCAGCAAAGAAGCAAUGGGGAUUUGAUGGGUUUAAGAAGUGGAAGAGAAGUAAUCCAGAAGAUGAAACAACUCCUCUUUCUCUGGGGGAAAGAUCUGACGAACACCAUGCCUUUUCAACUCCUUGCCCACUUGUUGAUAGCCCAAUUGGGGAGGGCCCAGACACGAAGUUGAUAAAGAAAAAGAUACACCCAGAUGGUUCUGCAUCAGAUUUCUUCAUCGAUAAGGUAUUGGGACAGAACAUAAAGAAAGAGCUAUCGCGAAUCCAAACAGAACUCAACACCACAAAUCCAAACCUACAAUUCUCGAAUGACCAAAUUGAAGCAAUUUCCACCAGGCUGCCAGUCGAUAAAGCUGACCUGAAAAAAUUUUUCCCCAAGCCAUGGUGUGACAGAUAUGGUGACAUUGUACUGGACGUGGUGAAGAAGGAAUUCAAAGAUCAUGUGGGUGAAAUGGAGAGCAUGAGAAAUGCUGCCAGAGAGAGACGUGGGAGCUUGGCCAAGUGGGUGACAUUCGAAGAAAACAGCGAGAACUCUCAUCCAAAUCUCUUUUCUGGUCAUCGCUUCUGAUUCUUUAUGUAAUUAUGUGUAGAGAUUCUAGAGAGCUUAUUUCUAGUUUUUCAGGGAUCAUGACAGCCUCACCGGCCCUGUAUGAGGCUCACUCUCCCACGUUCAGUUUCCUAGUAAUGUUUGUCCAGGCACAAAUAAUGAAAAUUUCUAGAUUUUCUCCUUUUCUGAUCA